AUGUUUUCUAAAUCAAAGUCGGACACUUCUCAGUACACGUCGCUCUCUCGACCAGGCGGUGGCGAGGGUUCUAGCUCUAGCACAUCUCUUGAGAAGCGCUCAUCUUCCGAGGAUGAUGACGACCACCCCCUGUUGGAAGCCUCUGAGAAUCUUCCAGGUCUCCAGGCAGCCAAACACUGGCAGCUUCCCAAGCUCAUCCUCUACUUUUCCUUGGCUUUAGCCUUGCUAUCAUGCGCCAACAUCGCUCUGCUUCCUGCGACGCUGUCGAACUACGCAGCUUACCCUUAUACAGACUCUGAACUCAAUGCCCUUCCCUACGGUAACGCCAGACUAGGACUUGACAGAGCAGCCAAGAUUCUUCGCCCUCCCAGAGAGUAUCUCCGCGCCUGGCCGGACAGAGUGGUGCGAGUGAGCCGCAAAUUGAAGAAUUCAGUGUGGGGAAACGGGCCGCAGGUCUAUGUGACUGUCGAGGUACGCGCGAUGUCCUACCAUCUCAUUCUCACUAUUUCCGGUUCAAACAAGAAUACUGAUGUGAAAAAAAAGGACUCAACUAUCAUGCGCUUCCCGGUUCCUACCGCUGGUAUCAACGCUUGCGCAAUCAACUGGCUCGCGCCUCCAGAAAAUUCCACGCGCAUCAAGGACCUGACUACUAAGGGAGACGUUUCCGAAAUUGAAGUCUGGCAGCUUAUUGCGCCCUCAGCCACUUCGAAGCCAGGCUCUUCCACAAACAUGGACGAGCUCGACUACGACACCGUGUCGUACUCGGCUCUCCCUGUGCGCGGCGAGCUGCUCGGCGUGCUGGAUCUCACCGUGAAACCGAAUAGCACGACGGUGGAGUUUGCCUGCCCUAGCGGGGCAGAAAAUCUCGUGGUAGAGUUGAAGUGCCAGCGCGUGGCGUGUCAUGUCAGCUUCAUGCAUCUGGACACCAUGCUGCCGCGAUUUGGGUUUGAGUUGGUGAGGAAGAGGGAGUGA